AGAAAAGUAAACUGUAGAAGUGUGGUUGUAAUUUUUUAAUCGAGCAAAAAGCAUUUUAAGUAACGUUUUUCCUUCUAUUUCUCCAUAUAGUGAUUUUAAGGACACAAUGGCGACAACUACCAAGCCACGCUCAGAAAUGACUUUAGAGGAGUUAUCUAAAAUUGAAGAAGAAGAAUUUAGCACCGGUCCUCUUUCAGUACUUACACAGUCCGUCAAGAAUAACACACAAGUAUUAAUAAACUGUCGUAAUAAUAAGAAACUUUUAGGACGAGUAAAAGCGUUCGACCGGCAUUGUAACAUGGUUUUAGAAAACGUAAAAGAGAUGUGGACCGAAGUACCUCGGACUGGUAAAGGGAAAAAGGGCAAAGCUGUAAACAAAGAUAAAUUCAUCUCGAAAAUGUUCCUCCGAGGUGAUUCCGUCAUCUUAGUAUUAAGAAAUCCCCUUGCAACUGCUGCAGGAAAGUGAUUUUGGAAUAUAUCCUAAAAACAGUUUGUGAUGAAAAUGUCCGAAGAACCAAUGAAAACUUUUACUGCAUAAGCUAAUAACUAGUUUGUAAGUUUCUAUUUCUCUGAAUAAAUAUGCAA